UUCUGUCAUAUGACAUACGGCCCAAACACCGUCAACAAACAAUUCAGGGUUUUUUGUUUUUUAUCUUUAUAUUUUUGCGGUUUUUUUGGGGGGUUUAUAACAUUAAUGCAGCAAUGCUUUCACGGUUGUUAAAGGAACAUCAAGUUAAACAAAACGAAAGGAAAGAGCUUCAAGAGCGACGACGACGUGAAGCCAUUGCAGCCGCCACCUGUUUGACAGAGGCUUUAGUGGACCACCUGAAUGUGGGAGUGGCUCAGGCGUAUGUUAAUCAGCGCAAACUGGACCAUGAGGUGAAGACACUGCAGGUUCAGGCAGCUCAGUUUUCUAAACAGACGUCGCAGUGGAUCAGCAUGGUGGAAAGCUUCAACCAGGCAUUAAAGGAAAUUGGUGAUGUGGAGAACUGGGCGCGCAGCAUUGAGAUGGACAUGAGGACUAUCGCCACAGCUCUAGAGUACGUACACAAAGGCCAGAUCCAGACGGCAUCAUCAUAGAAUGCCUGUGCAGAGGGAGAGCAGAACAGGGACAACACAUUUUCCUUUAGGAUUCUGUAGUAGUGUAGAUCUUGGAUUACUACUACAUUGAUAGAGGAAUGGAAUUGCUUUGAUGAACUGCUAAUUUCGUUUCAGCUUAAGUCUAGAAUCAUGUUUGCAGAUGAUGUUGCUAAAUGAUGAUGUAUUUUGUCUGGAAAAGUUUUUUUUCUCACCCAAACAACACAUACCAAGAGCACCUGUGUUUUUAUAACACUGAGUUUACAUAGAAAAUGUUUGCAUAACGAAUGCUAAGCUUUGUUUUAUUGUUUGUGUCUGUAAAUAACCCUUUCAUUUUUUAAUGACCUAGCAUUCGCAUUAUAUGAUAUGUCAGUGUCAGGAUGGAUGGUUAUAGUCUUGAAGGCUUAGACUCAAGUCCAAAAUGAAGCACAGAGAAGCCAGAUGGUGACAUUGCCUCUCUUAUAAGUCACUUUGAAUAAAAAAUAAUAAAUGUUAAUGGAAUGUUAAUGUAUUAGACCGGCGAGAUGCAUCAUGUGCUUACUGGGUAUUUAAUAAACAAGGCUGGAGGUAAAGAUAAGUAAUUAUAAUGAUUAUUUUCCAUUAACAGCAUGUCCCAGGUUUUAUUUUUCCUAUACAACAGCUGUUUGGUAAUGAAAUAAACCCAAUUUUUUAUUAUUUAUAUUUGCAUGUAAUGAAGAAUAUCGAUUAAACAAGUUAUUUCGUAAUAAAUUGUAUAAGCUAUAAA